AUGACUGUCCCUCACAAUAACUUACGAUUCACCUCGAAUCACCUCACCAAUAUCAAUGGCUCACAGGGUAUCGUCCCAGAAAAAUCGGCCCCAUCAGGAAUCUCAGUCUUGGUCAUCGGCGCCGGCGUGGCUGGCCUUAUGGCCAGCCUAGAGUGCUGGCGCAAAGGACACGAGGUCCGAGUCAUUGAGAAAAGCGCCACGCGAAUACUAUCAGGCAACUUCACAAUCGGACCAACUGCCAUCCGUGCCGUUCAACAAUGGCCAGACAUGGCAGAGGAGAACGAGAGAAUAGCCGACAGCCCAUGGAUUUCAUGGCACAAAAUCAACGGUGAAAGAAUUUCAGGCCCCGAACCUCUCAGGUUUAACCCUACUGUAAACAGCAGCGGUCAAGUUGAAGCUCCACAUCGGGUAUACAGGCAUAGCCGUCCUGCUUUCCAUAAAAUGUUAUCGGAUCAAGCCGAAAGGAUUGGAAUCAUUGUGGAAUACGGCAAGAGAGUUACCGGAUACUACGAGGUAGACGACAAAGCGGGUGUUACUUUGGAAAAUGGAGAGAGGAUUGAAUCUGACAUGGUUAUUGCUGCUGAUGGAAUCGGAAGCAAAUCAUCUACGGUGACCAUGGGUCGAGAGCUUAGAGCUCGUUCUUCUGGUUGGGCGAUGUAUAGAGCUGCGUUUCCUGUUGAACUGGCAAUGGUAGAUCCUCUGGUUCGAGAGAGAUUCCAGCUGCUGGAGGAUGGGACAUCCGUGAUGGAGUUGUGGAUGGGAAAUGGACAGCACGUCGUAUUCGGACGGAGUGAGGAAACCAUGACAUGGGCAAUGACCUAUGCAGACGACAGAGACGAAACGGAGUCAUGGUCAAAACUCACAGACCCAAAAACCGUUCUCAAAAUGACAGCUACUAUCCCAGGAUGGCCCGAAGUCGCAGACCGAGUGAUCAAGCGCACUCCCCUUGACCGUCUUCACGAUUUCAAACUGAUGUGGCGAGAGCCACAGCCCUGUUGGGCCUCGCCUAACGGGCGUGUCGUACAGAUAGGUGAUGCAGCGCAUACUUUCCUUCCAUCUUCUGGUAGUGGUGCUACGCAGGGAAUAGAAGACGCGGUUUCAAUUGCUGCAUGCUUGGGUCUUGCUGGGAAGGAUAAUGUUCCCUGGGCUUCGAAGGUUCAUAAUAAAUUACGAUUCGAGCGUGUUGUAUGCCUCCAGAAACUGGGCAUCGUCAACCAAGAGUCCCGGUACCGAUCCGUCAAUUCCAAAAAUGUAUCACAAUCGAAGUCUAAGGGUUUAUUGGCCACUUGGAUCUGGAGACAUGACCCGGAACGCUACGCAGUCGAAAACUACGAGAAAGUGCUCGCGCAUUUGGUGGAGGGUGUCCCAUUUGCUAAUACCAACAUCCCACCCGGUCAUGUCUACAAACCAUGGACUAUUGAUGAUCUGCUGGGCGCCAAGGAACGAGGCGAGGAGAUCGAACUUGAUGGAAAUUGGGAUUGA